AGACAACUGUCUCUUGUCCUAUGUGAAAAAAAAAAUAACGGGAAAAAUCUUGAAGAUAGUCGAAAAGUGAGAGAGGGAGAGAGAGAGAGAGAAAAAGACCAAUCUGCGAGAGAUCUGUCAUUUUAUUUGGAAUUCGGGGUUGGAAGCCCAGAAGUAUGCAGAAUUACAAGACCGCAUGAGAUUUUUGUACAGUUAUUUCUAGCCAUGCCUCUCGAAAUGACCAUCGACUCUAUUCCCUCCUUGAAGGGAAAACAUGUUUACAUGAAAAAUAAGGAUGCCGUUUUGAAGACCAUCGACAAAAUUCGGGAAGGAGGGGCAUCGAAACUACAGGUCGUCACCGAUUUUGACUUAACGCUCACAAAGCAACAUGUGGAUGGGAAGCAUUGCUUGUCAUCUUUUGGAAUGUUCACUAAAAGUAAACAACUGCCACAGAACUACAAGGAAGCGUCGGUCAGACUGUAUAAAAAAUACCGUCCGAUAGAAAUUGAUCCUAAUCUUUCGAUAGAGAAGAAAAUAGAAGCUAUGGAAGAAUGGAUGUCUGCGACUCAUGAUAUACUACGUGAUUUUGAAUUUGAUCCAAAAGAGCUUGAUGACAUAGUGAAAAUACAUGGCACGAGUCUGAGAGAUGGUACAAAGAGCCUUAUCGAGAGGCUGAGCCGUGCCGAUGUGCCGAUACUGGUUUUCAGUGCUGGUUUGGGUGAUGUUGUCGAGGCUGUCCUAAGGCAUCACGACGUGUUGUUUGAUAACGUUAAAAUUAUUUCCAAUUUCUUGAAGUACGAAGGCAACAAAGUUUUGGGUUUCAAAGGCACAAGACUUAUACAUGUGUUCAACAAAAACGAACACUCCAUUGAUCACGAUUAUUUCAAGUUACUGGAAGGCCGACGAAAUAUAAUUCUUAUGGGUGAUAUGACAGGAGAUGCGAACAUGGCCGAUGGUGUAAAAGAUGUUGACUCAAUACUCAAAAUCGGCUUCCUCUACGAGCACAUAGAGGAAAAUUUACCACUUUAUUUGGAGGCGUUCGAUAUCGUGCUGGUGGACGACCAAACGAUGAACGUAACGACCGAAAUAUUGGAAAGGAUUGUAUAAUAAUCAUUAUUUAUUUAUUUAUUUAUUCGUCAUUCAUUGAUUCCUCUUACAUCGAAUUAUCGAUUCGCUAUGAAUUUGCACGAGAGUUUAGCGGGAGCGCUGGUUACGCUUUCACACGUUGUUGUCAAACACGCGGUUUGUACGAAAUAACACGUGGUUAUAUAUACACAUUAAAAUAUACGGAUCAUCUAUAUAUUUAUAUAUUUACAUUGCGUUAUGGCAAGUAAGCUCGGUCCAUUGUAUAUCUUUUUUUUUGUACAACAAUAAAUACGUUUAUGCGAUUUAAUA